AUGGAACAACAUAAAUAAUAUUGCAAAAUUUCAAAAUAGGAUAGAAGAUAAAUUAUACAUGAAGUACUUGUAAAUAAGAGAUUAAUACUUGAAGUAAUUCUUUUUAAAUAUCAUAGGUUGCAAGGGAAUUCAAAGUUUUACCAUCAACUUGCAAAUCCAUAAUUAAUACAUAUAUUAAAGAAGGUAGAAUAGGAAAAAAAGAAAGAAGAAUUAGAAAAUUAAAAAAAGUAACUGCAAUUUACACAAUAACAUUAAAUCCAUUAAAUCCACUUUCAUCAACAAUAUAAACUGAAUGUGAAAUUGCAGAAGUUGAAUAACCAUCCCUAUAGAGCAAUACAUAAUAAUAAGAGCUUCCUUAGAAAAAACCAUAUGAUUUCUUAAGUUAAUGGACUGAAAACUACAUUCAAGAAUACAAAAAAUACAAAUUUGGUGCAAAAUAUCUUUGAGAAUUCGAUUUUAAUAAUAUA